CGUUUCUCAUUCACAACCCUUUUCUCCGCUCUCUCUCUCUCCUCUCCUCUUCUACUCACUCCCCUUUCAUCUCAAUCUCGUUUCUAGGGCUUUCUAUCUCUCUGUCUCUCGCCGUUUUGCUCAAUCUUCUCGCUCGUAUAUGCAAUGCAUGUGGAUACGCAAUUCAAUCCGAGUUAGAUGUAGGGAGAAAGAGAGAGAGGGAUUUGAUCUGUGCCUCUAGGAAUUCUCUUGUUCUCGAGGUUUAAUGGAGCGUCGCGGCCGAUCGGAGAUCGGAUAAGAGUGGAUAUCCGGAUCGGUUCUUGGAUAAUUCAGUUUGUAUCUUGUUUUGAUUUUUUAUCUUAAUUCGCUGUUUGAUUGUUUGUCCAAGGGGGAGUUUGCUUGGAGUGAAGGGAGUCGGCCAUGGCGUCACCUGUUCCAGCGAAGUCGCAGCCGCUGCACAACUUCUCGUUGCCGCAUUUGAAAUGGUCGAAGAACCAAGCGAGCAGUCAACACCAGCGCGGUAGGAGGCCGGCCGGCGGAGGGGAUUCUUCGCCGCCGGUGGACGCGGCGGCGCGGCGGCAGUCUCCGCUGCUUGAUAUGCCGCGGCGGCAUUCUCCGAUGCGGGAUUCGGCUUCCGAGUCGGACGCCGGGUACGCUUCCGAGAAUCGGAGGAAGUCGGUGCACGAGAGUGGGGUGACUGGAAUCGUGUUCCCAACUGCUGAUCAUAAGAACGAGAAAUCGGAGAAGAAACUGGCGGUCUCGGAGGUGGAUGGUGCUGGAGGUAAAGAAGGCAGAUCGAAGCUCUAUAUUCGGCUGCCUGCGAAGAACAAGCCUAAUGGUGUUCAAGAUGAAGCGAAAGCCGUUGCUGAGGAAGGAGAACUGGAAGAAUCGGUGGCAAAGACGUGGAAUUUGAGGCCAAGAAAGCCCAUAAGCAAGCAAUCGAAUUUGAACGGGGGACCAUCCAAAGUUGGAAAACUGUUUUCUCAGGAAAACAAACCUCAAUCGCAGCAGGCGAUACAUAAUCGCAUGGAGCUAAUUCGCUCGCGUGGCGGUUCUGAAGCGGAGGCGGCGUCCAAGAAAGACAAGAAGCGAAAGUUCUCGGUUUCGCUUUCUCGGCAAGAGAUUGAGGAGGAUAUCUUUGCGAUUACUGGAUCAAAACCAGCGAGGAAGCCAAAGAAGAGGGCCAGGGCUGUUCAGAAGCAACUAGACAACCUGUUUCCAGGUCUGUGGCUCACUUCAAUAACCCCCGACUUGUACAAAGUCUCUGAAAACCCAACGAAGGGUUAGUAAAUCUAGAUGCAGAUUAUGGUCCUUCAGGUGCCUUCUGGAACUUUAAAGGCUUGUGACUUCUCAAUUUUUGUAACCUCAUUGGAAAGUAAAACUAAAGAGCAAGGCAAAGACUGAAGGAGAAAUAAGUGCAUUCUUCUUUUUCCCUGUUUCUUUUAUCUAUUUUGGGUUAAGCUUCAGAGAUCAACUGCAAAUGCUUACCAGUUUAGUUUCUAUGAGAAGCUUUCAGAUGUACAUAUGAAUUAUCUGAUGACCUAAUAGAUGUUUGUUUUGAAAA